AUGAGCGGGCGCUGGAAGAGGCACCGCGGGGACGGGGAAGAAGACCCCCACCGCUACCGCCACGAGGAGCGGCAGCCGUGCCACCAGCCCCGGGUGCGGUACAGCGAUCUUGCCCCCGAGGCGAGGCUGCAGAAGCGCCGCCAGGAGCGGCAGGAGAAGAAGGAGAUGGAGCGGACCCUGUCGUACUUCAAGUCGGUCCAGCGGGCACUGGAGGAGCAGGCGUCUGGUGCGGGGGAUGCGAGCACGCUGGCAACCAUUGUCGACGGUUUCUUUGUGGAGCUCAUAAAACUUCUCAAGUCCGACGCCACCCUGCACCUCCUGCGCAACGGCGUCGUGUGCCGCGUUAUUGAGUCCGCGCUGGCAAACUCGCUCUUGCUGCACAGCAAGUCGCUCCUGUUCGUCUUGCUUGGACACGUGUUCGACGCGGUAGCCUCCCCCACCGCGAGUUACAUGAUGGAGACGCUUAUGGCGAGCCUUGCCCAGGCUCUCAGCGCGCUGGCCGCCGCCGAGGCAGACUCGUUCGCGGCGGAGAUGACGGACGGCGGGCCGGGCGUUCACGCCGGAAGUGGGGUGCCCAGCGCCGCCACCCUCGUUACGUGCGUCGUCGAGGAGCUGUCCGAGCGGGCGGAGGAAGUCAUCCUGCACGACGUGGCCGCCCGCGCCGUGCGCUCCAUUGUGUUGGUGCUCGGGGGAUUCACCAUUCGCGGGGCCCCGCCGCUGGCGCACGCGGUAAAAUUCACCCAGCCGCUAAGUGUGCUGGGUGUCGCCCUGAUGCAGGGGCUGGAGUCGACGUUUGCAGACAACAACGCCCGGCGCGCCACGGAUAUGUGGCUCAACGUCGCCAACACGCCAACCGCCAGCUUCAUCCUUCAAAGCCUGCUGCGCGUGUGCGCGGCGGGCACGGAGGUGGACGUCGCCGUCCGGCAACGUCUGGAGUCGGUCCACGACGAGGAGGGUGUUGCGCUGCUGCGGCAUCUUCUCAUGGACCCGAUGGGUUGCCACCUCCUCCAGGCGUACAUCAAAGUCCCCGCACCGUUGGAGGUGUUGGAGGCGGGUGAUCUUCUUUCCAACCGGAUGGCCACGACUGCCGCGGCUCUCUCAGCCAAAGGCGGGGGGCAAAGGCUUCAAGAAAUUCUGCGCGACACGGCAGAUCACGCGUCGGAUGAGGCUGAAGGCGCGGCAGCCGUCAGGGUGCGGGAAAAAACGUGCUGGGAUAACGCACUCGACGUUGUGAUGGAGGCGCUGGACGAUGUUCUUGACCCCGCAGCGGAGCACAUGACGCCGGUGCUCUACGUGCUGCAGGAUCUCGUUCUCUUCGCCCCAACGGCGGUGCACUUGGAGUGUGUCUGGGUGCGACUACUGCAUCCGCGGCUGCGGGUGUUCGUCUCGUCGCCGGCGCUGCUGCAAGUUCUCGUGGCGUUUGCGCGGAAGUGUGCCUUUGCAGGUCCCCCCAGCUUGCGGGAUGGCGGCGACGAUGGCAACGCGUACGGUGACGGCGCCGUGACUGGGGCGCUGGAGGGCAGCAGUGACGCCCUGCCGAAGGACAUUGACCAGCUGCUGCGCGCCGAUGUGGCGCAGGGGGCGCGUUACUUUGCGGUGCCCACCAGUUUUCAGAAGACGGUCACCACCACGCUCUGCUUCGCGAUCAAGCAGGAGUGUGCAAAGGGCGCCGCACAGUUCCUUCUCGUUGACGCCGCGGCGCAUGAAAAGGGCAUGGAGCUGGCCCGCUACAUCCUGCACUUUCACCCGUCGGCGUCGGCGAUGUUCGUCCACGCGGUGGACAAGCUCUCCCUCCGGGACAUGGAGUGCCUCGUUCGACACGUGAAGGGCAGCCUUGUUGUGCAGCAGUACCUGCGCAGCGCGGCCGCCGCCCAGGCGGUGCAGCAUUCGCAAGGGAGUAAAGCGCAGGAGCAGAAGACUGACAAGACGGUGCCGAUGCGGUUUCUGCGCCGUGUGGCGUCGCUGCUGCCGGAUCUGGUGGGGGACACUUCUGCGGGCUACGUGGUGGAGGUGCUGUACGAGGUGGGCUCGCUGGAGGUGAAAGAGGCGCUUGUGAAGCUCCUGGUGCCCAUUUACACCAGCCUGCGACACGGCCACGGGGGCGCGCCGGAGGCAGAGAGAAGUGAAGCUAGGGAAGAGGCGGAUGGAUCGGCCAAGACGCCAAAUCGCACGCAGAUGCGAGAGUUUAUUGCACGAAAAGUCAUGACGAAGUGUUGUGUGGAGCUGUACAUGCACAGACCAGAAGACUGGGCCAAGCUCGCCCGCCGUCAGUGUCAAGUACUGCGACUGCUUCAGCGCAUGUCUGUUGUUGCACCUUAG